CUAUUAAUCAGGAUUUUUAAAAAAAAUGAAUUAGGAGUAAUCAUAUUAAUUCAUUUAAUUUACAGUCUUUUUCCUCAUCCUCCAUACAGAGAAGCCACUUCCAGUGUAAUUUCUUUAACAAGCGUCUCCAGUUUAGAGGCAGACUUGUCUUUCUUGACCCAACCCCUGAAGAUCAGCAGUGGAAUUUGCUCAGCUGGCAGUCUGCUGUUGGAAUAUAUGUCCUUGAGUACCUCCUACUGGGUGCUGGAGACAACUCACAGAGGCAUGGCUCACAGUGGUCUCUGGAAGAUCUGUUUAGAUCCAAAAUGCAAUCUGUAUCAGUUUAAUCUCUUAGCUUUGCACAUCCAUGUUACCCGUGCCUUCCUGCUGUCUGCACUCUUCUGUGGCCUCAUAGGAUUGCUUUUCAUUUGCGUCUCUUUUGAACGUAAGAAGCUAUACAAUGUAUCAGUGAUAAGAGCAGCUGCCAUCUUCAGCUUCAGUGCAGGUUUCCUCAUCCUGGUUGCCAUGUCUCUAUUCACGGCCACUGUUAGAAGAUCCCCAGCAUACGCCCAACAUUUACUAGUAUUUGGCUCAUCCUUCAGCUUGGGCUGGGCCUCCAUUCUUAUGUACUUCAUCACGGGUAUGCUACUUUUGCUGACUGACAAAACCAUCGUUUCUUAAGUGUAGGCAUCUACUCUUCCACUGGGACUUUUUAAAAAGUCACUCAUAGCAGAUUUACUGGUUUCAUAAUCAUGGAAACAAUUAUGCGUUGGAGCAUUUAGCUGGGGCAAAUGCAACCUUAUCCUGGGUAUAAGAAGAAAGUGUCACUUUUCUUCUUGUUCCAACGUAAUUGGACCAUGAUUUGCUACUAUGAAUGGCCUUCAGUCAGUUCUCUCCCAGUUUGACAGAACAUUGAGCAUGGAAUAUUGUUUGACAGCUGGAUAUGACCAUGGCUUGCUAUGAUAUCCCAAAAACUAUGAUCUGGGGAAAAAAUAGGAGCUUGCUUCAUGUUUAAAUCAGAAAUUGUGGUUUGACCGGUUUCUGAUUUGCAGCUAAGCAAUGGCUUAUGCUAAUUUCACAUAAGUUGGGUAUCGUAAUGAGUCACAGAGGGCUGAAGCCAGGAAAUGAGAAGAGAUAGAUAAGAAGAAAGCACAUGUGAAGCUACUCCAUGGCACCCAUUGUAAAUAAUAUCUCAUUUGUCUUCAUGCACCUCAAAAAGUCACCUUAAAACUACAUUGCAGUUGUCAGCAAAGGCAGGCAAUAUUUCAGCCUUUCUCCAACUGAAAAGGAGUCAUGCGAUGCGUAGGUUUGCUGAAGGAGCAUUGGCUUCAGGCGUGAGUGAAGAUGUGAUGCAGUGUGGUGAUGGUGGUAAUAUGGUAAUAUGGACAUCUUAAAGAGAACAGUGGUGUCCAUUUUGUUUAGGCCUUGUCAUCUGAGGAGUUAUGUGCAAAUGCAUGUGAAUCUGGCAUGUAAAUAUCUCUUUGUGGAGAUCAAUUUACCUGUGAAUUGUAUUUGUCAGUGAAAACAUAUAUGAAUAUGGUUUUGUUUGUUUAUUGUUAUCAAUAAACUCUCCAUAAUUAUGUGUUUUGCCCCAUUGUUGCCCAUCCUAUCUUGUUCUAUCCAGAUAUUCUUCUAGAUAAUGCCUGUCUUGUUUGAAAUUAAAGAAGCAAUUUUUUAGUGUUAAA